CUUGCUUCAUGUCGCGCUGAAAUCCAAUAUGGCCGCCAACGUGGAAAUCCAGAAUUUACCUGCUCCUCCACAUUUAGCAAUUCGUGCCUCAGAUGGAGUCAGCGUUAAGAAGUUGGUCAACACCAGUUUAUGUGAUGUUCCUAACUUUAAAAAGGAUGAUUCAAAGCCAUCUAGAAUUUUGGAAUUUAGUUCAGAUGGUAAGAUGAUGGCAUGGUGUAAUUCAGAAAGCAUAAACGUAUUUGAUUUUGAUUCUGGCCGGAGACUACCCAGCAUACCAAGGGAGAAGACAAACCUACUUUCUUUUUCACCACAAAAUAAAUAUCUGGUGACGUGGGAACCUCUUAUUGUUAAGAGAGAUGGACCAAAAGAGAAAGACACCUUAGAGAUUUGGGAGGUAGAAACUGGGAAUUGUGUUAAAGGAUUUUGCAUUAAAAAACGGGAAAACAGCUCGUUGAAAUGGUCCGAGGAUGAAAUGAUAUGUGCUAAAUGUGUAACAAAUGAAGUUCAUUUCUAUGAGGAUGGAAAUUUUGCAAGUUUUGUGAAUAAACUACGAUUACAAGGGGUAAGCUGCAUCGAGAUCGCCCCGGGACCCUCUCCAUAUAAAAUUGCAGCCUAUGUCCGUGGUACGAAGGCUGCUCCAAGUUAUGUAAGAUUAUAUCAAUAUCCUAACUUUGAUAUACCUCUCGCCAAUAAAAGUUUUUUUAAAGCCGAGAAGGCGAAUAUACUUUGGAAUAAAAAAGGCACCGCCGCAUUGAUUUUAACCAGCACAGAAGUAGACCAUACUGGAGGCUCUUAUUAUGGAGAACAAAGUCUGCAAUAUAUUUCUACCAAUGGCGAUAGUAAUGUUGUCAUUUUACCAAAGAAAGGCCCUAUUUAUGCAAUUGAUUGGAAUCCAAACUCAUCCCAGUUUUGUGUUGUUUACGGAUAUAUGCCGGCUAAAGCUACAAUUUUCAACCUGAAAUGCGAGUCUGUGUUUGAUUUCGGAACCGGACCAAGAAAUGCUGCAUAUUUUAAUGCUCAUGGAAGCAUUCUUUGUUUAGCCGGUUUUGGUAACUUGCGAGGUAACAUGGAAUUUUGGGAUGUUAAGCGAUUUAAAGAGAUUAAUAAACUACAGGCUAGUGAUGCCACAGUAUUUGAAUGGUGUCCUGAUGGUCAACAUUUUAUGACUGCAACAACGUCUCCGCGAUUGCGAGAGGGCAAUGGAUAUAAGAUAUGGCAUUACAAUGGAAAUUGCGUUCAUGAAGAAUCAGUUUACGAACUUUGGCAAGUAUCAUGGCAACCACGUGCAGAGGGAGUCUUUCCUGAAGUCCCAAUCACAACGCCAAAAAAUGCCCAAAAACCCAAAGCAAAAGUCGAGGCCUAUCGCCCUCCUUCAGCAAGGGGAACCCCCGUUACAACUACAAAAUUGCAUGAAAUAGAACCUCCAGAAAAUCAGAAAUCUCGGGAGUUAUCUGCGAGUGCGUUGAAGAAUAAAAAGAAACGCGAAGCAAAAGCUCGGAGUAAAAAGGAAAAUGAGAGUAAAGAAACUGGCUCGAACAUGGUUGUCGAAACCCCACCUGCCGCCGCUCCUGUCCCUGCCACUGAGAAUGAUAAGAAAUUAAGAAAUCUGAGAAAGAAAUUAAAACAAAUUGAAGAUUUAAAAGGGCAGAAAAAAGCUGGAAAAAAAUUAGAAAAGAAUCAAGAAGAUAAAAUUAACUCCGAAGAAAGUGUUCGGGAAGAAUUAAGAAAACUUGAGCUGAUUUAAUUCCAUAAAUUUCAAAUUGUACUGAAUUAAGAAUAGAAAAAAAAUGAAAAAUAAUUCUUUUUCCAGUCAAUACUGUAAUCUUAGUCAUUAGUGUGGAUUUUUGAAAAAUGAACGAAUUCCUAUCGGCACACCCCA